UCCUCCUGGUAGCUGUUUCAGUCAUUAUCAAGAUGUGUAAAAUGGAGCUUGCUGAUGUUGACUACGUCGAGAAAGAUCCAAGUGGUCGAUAUGUUCGGUAUGAUGAAGUCCUGGGCAGGGGAGCAUUCAAAACUGUUUACAAGGCAUUCGAUGAAACUGAUGGAGUAGAGGUCGCUUGGUGCCAAAUGAAGAUCGAUGAUGUGUUGCAGUCACCAGAAGCCAUGGAAAGGCUCUAUUUAGAAGUUUACUUGUUAAAAUCAUUGAAACAUGACAAUAUUCUUAAGCUAUACAACUCGUGGGUAGAUGAAAAGAAGAAAACAGUUAAUAUGAUUACCGAGUUAUUUACCUCAGGGAAUUUGAGGCAGUAUCGUAAGAAGCACAAGAAUGUAGAUAUAAGAGCUAUAAAAAACUGGGCGAGGCAGAUUCUCCAAGGACUGAAUUAUCUUCAUAGUCAUAAUCCACCUAUUCUCCACAGAGAUCUGAAAUGUGACAAUAUUUUUGUCAACGGAAAUCAUGGAGAAGUUAAAAUUGGGGACCUUGGAUUGGCUAUUGCUAUGAGCCAACCUACUGCCCGAAGUGUCAUUGGUACCCCUGAAUUCAUGGCCCCAGAGCUUUAUGAAGAGGAGUACAAUGAACUAGUUGACAUAUAUUCUUUUGGUAUGUGCAUAUUAGAGAUGGUAACAUUUGAGUAUCCCUAUAGUGAAUGCAAGAAUCCAGCUCAAAUUUAUAAGAAGGUUACAUCAGGAAUAAAGCCUGCCUCCCUUUCUAAAGUUAGAGAUCCCCAAGUAAAGCAAUUCAUUGAGAAGUGUCUGCUUCCAGCCUCAGAAAGAUUGCCUGCAAGAGAACUACUACAAGAUCCAUUCCUCCAAUGUGGCAACGAAAAGGGACAAACUUUUGAACCUACGCAGUUGCCAAAUGUCCUUCCUAAACCAAUCGACUUCCACAAGUCUAGGUCUCUUCCCAUGGACAUGGAUUCUGAACACAAGAAGAUUGCUACUACUGCACACAUGGCAAAUGAAUAUAGAAAUCCACAAGUACCCACUUUGGAAUUUCAAAGGAUGAACAAAAAUCAUGAGUUCAGGCUCAGAGGAGAGAAGGAGGAUGAUAACUCAAUAUCAUUAACUCUGCGUAUUGCUGGCUUAAGUGGUAAGUGAAUUUGUCUUAUAAAGCUGUGCA